AUGCUUCCUAAGACCAGCGUCCCCAAGCUGGGCGCGUUCCCGACCGCCCGAGCAGCCUCGACCCGAGCUUCAAUGCAAUCGCGAAGCCACGCCAGAGUCCUUUCCGCCCCCGCCUACGCCGCACGACGACAGCAGCACUUCCUGAGAUCCCUGGCCGCCAUUACUGCAGCUGCCGGUCUCGCCACUGCCUCCCAGUACUACCUGAACGACGGUCGCCUCAUCAGAACAGCCCACGCUGAAGCCCCAUCUACCGAGCAGCCCGACAUUCAAUUCGAGAAGACCCGCAAGCGUGGCGCAAACAAGGACGAGGACAGAGACUUUGCAAGCUCUCAACACCUGCAGGUCAGGAAGUCAUGGGAGAACCCUGGUGUCUACGCAUGCGGCUCCAAUGCCGGUAAAGUCGUUGCUCCUGAUUCGGACGCUUCCUACGUCAAGACGCCUCGCCGCAUCAAGUUCUUUGAUGGAAAAUUGCUGCGCGAUAUCAAGCUAGACAAGAAUUUCGGUGCCGCUAUCGACGAGCAAGGCAAUUUAUUGCAGUGGGGUGUUGACUACUCCAAGGACACCACACAGCCGACCGUGACGCUCAAGGGCAAGAACUUGGUCUCGUUGGCAAUCUCCAAAGACCGCAUCUUCGGCCUGUCGUCCUCGGGAAGCGUCUACUCUCUACCUGUCUCUUCUGCCGAGCAGGCCUCAGGCCCAAAACCUAGCGAGAGCUCCUGGAUUCCUUUCUGGUCCUCCCCUUCUCUCAUCAGCUACCGCACCAUCGUGCCUUCGGAUAUGAGCUAUAGUGAAAAGGUUUCCAAGAUUGAUAGUGGUCUGGAGCACGCUUUGCUACUCACAUCCAAGGGACGUCUUUUCUCCAUGGCAUCUGCAACUGACGCUUUCCCUACCAGAGGUCAGCUUGGUGUUCCUGGCAUCUCUUGGGACAACAAGCCCACUGGCCCCUACUACCAGCCCCACGAGUUGACUACUCUUAGGGGUUUCAACAUUUCGCAAAUCGCAUGUGGUGAUUAUCAUAGCAUCGUAGCUGACACCGAUGGUCGUGUCUUUGCCUUUGGCAACAACACAUCUGGACAAUUGGGCUUCGACUACAAUACCGAGUCUGCCGUUGUUGACACGCCGGCUUUGUUGCCGCUCCAGAAGCUUUACGCUGGAUCGUCCCAGACCCCUGUAGUAACAUCGGUAGCCGCUGGCGGUGCCAAUUCUUUCUUGACUGUAGAUGCUACCAAGGUAGCAUCUCGUAACUCUGACGGCAGAGGUAUUGGUAGAGUUACUGCUGAUACUUUUGCAUGUGGUGCUGGCAUCUACGGUUCGCUGGGAAACAGCCGCUGGACCCAUGUUCAAGGAACUCCCACCAAGAUCCCUUCGUUAUCGUCACUGUUCGAGUAUGACGAGACCAACAAUGCAGUCAUCCCCAUCAGACUAGCUAGUAUCAGCGCUGGCAAUAAGCACGUCGCGGCUGUUAUGAACAAUGUCGCGCAUACAGGAGCUUUGAAUACAGACGGAGAAACGUGGUGGGGAAGAGACAUUGUCUUCUGGGGCGGUAAUGAGCACUACCAGUUGGGAACUGGNAAAAGAAACAACAUCAAUACCCCUACCUACAUCCAGCCUCUAGACCAGGCGGCAGAGCGCAAGGUUAGAGGCAAGGAGGAACACAGAUUCCAGAUCACACCGAGGAGCACAGUUCGUCUCGCCGACGGCAGGAAGGUCAGCAUGGAACAGCGCGUAGAGUGCGGUAGGGACUGUACCGCCAUCUACUCUGGUGUGUAA